AUGGCUGUGAGUAGUGAGUUUGGGACUCUCGCGGAGACUACCGUACCCAAUGCAUAUGACAUGCCCCCCGACGAGGAAAAGAAGCAACCUCUCGAUGAUGCUCCAGAGGAGGACCCUUUCGGAAAUGAAGAGUGUGCAGAAGUAAAAUAUCGCACACUGGGGUGGUGCUCGAUUAUUCUGAUGAUCGGUGUCUCAUUUAUUGCAUGGUACACGGCGUACCUCAUCUAUCAGUUCAAAAUGCGAUACCUCCACAUUCAUAGCAUGGCAGAUGCCGGCGAGGUCAUCCUAGGCCGAUUCGGACGCGAGCUGCUGGGAGGCGGCCAGCUACUCUUCUUGGUGUUUGUGAUGGCCAGCCAUAUCCUGACUUUCACUGUUGCCAUGAAUACGAUCACCGACCAUGGUACCUGUACCAUUGUUUUCGGUAUCGUUGCGCUGGUCAUCAGCUGCAUUGGAAGUCUACCGCGGACUAUGGGAAACGUGUAUUGGAUUUCCUUCGCAUUGGGCCAUGCGUCCUUCUUCGGGUUCGUUUCCGAGAUGGAGCAACCCCGGGAAUUCCCCAAAUCCAUCGCCGUCCUCCAGAUCAUCGACACCUCGCUCUACAUCGUCAGUGCCGUCGUGAUCUACCGCUACGUAGGCGUCGACGUCGCCUCCCCAGCCCUGGGUUCUGCAGGACCCGUCAUGAAGAAAGUGGCCUACGGCCUGGCCCUCCCAACCGUCAGUCCUCCUCACUAUCGCACGAAUCUCCACUCCCACAAACAAAGCUUCAAACCGCUAACAUCUAGCCCCCUCUUCUUGCAGAUCCUAAUCGCCGGAAUCGUCAACGGCCAUGUCGCCGCGAAAUACGUGUAUGUCCGUCUCUUCCGGGGCACGAACCACAUGCACGAGACGACGCUGCUGUCCAAGGGAUCCUGGGUGGCCAUCGCCCUCAUCCUCUGGGUGGUCUCAUGGGUCAUUGCCGAGUCGAUCCCGAUCUUCAACGACCUGUUGAGUUUCAUCACCGCCCUCCUCGGCUGCUGGUUCGCCUUCGGAUUCCCAGCGAUCUUCUACUUCGUCCUCAACAAAGGGCAAUGGUUCUCCUCGCCCUGGAAAACCCUCCUCAGCGUGAUCAACCUCUGCAUUUUGGGGAUCGCUUUCGCGACGUGCGGCCUAGGCCUCUACGUCUCCGGCGACGCGAUCAGCAGAGACAGCAAUAACUCCGUAUGGACUUGUGCCAGUAACGGGGUUUGAAGCUUG